CUCGGUAGCCUGCGGGUGCUGCCCCGCUGCUGCGGCCGUGGUCUGUGGGGGCCAUGGUGCAGCUUUACAACCUGCACCCUUUCGGGUCGCAGCAAGUGGUGCCCUGCCAGCAGGAGCCAGCGCGUUUCUGCUGCGGCCAAGAUGAGCUCUUCGUGGCCUGCGCGGCGGCCAGCUGCAGGGUGGAGGUGUUCGCGGUGCACGACCAGGGCCGCUGCGAGCCCCUGCGCUCCUUCGCCACGCUGGGCUCCGUGCUGUGGAUGGCGCACAGCCGGGCAGGAGACUACGUGGUAACCAUUGAAGAGAAAAACAAAGCAACCUUCCUACGAGCGUAUACAAACUGGAGAUGCGUGUCAGCUGGGAGCUCUCGUGUGUGUGUCCGGAUGGUGGGUCACAAGAUGGAAGAGUCCUACAGAGAAACCUUAAAAGAACAGAUGUCAGUUGUAGAAAUGCCACUUGCAGAUCCUCCCCUGUGUGCUUCAUGUUGCCCUGUAAAUGGAAAUCUUCUUGUGGGCUGCAAAAAUAAAUUAGUUAUGUUCUCUUUAAAAUAUCUGGUCAUAAACCAGAAUGUAAGUGUAUUGGACUUUGAACGCUCCUUAAUUUUACACAUUGAUAACAUAAUACCCGCUGAAGUUGCAUUUUGUGCCAGACAUAUAGCUGUAGCAACAGAGCUGGAUGUUCUGAUCCUGAAACUGGAACUGGUCCAACAAGGUGCAGACAACACAGGGCAGUGCGCUCACAGCACUAGGGCAGUAGAAGAACCUGUGGAUGGAGGUAUAAAAGAUGAAGACCCUUCAACACAUACUCUGCAGCUUGAAUCAGAUGAGUUUGUCAUUUGUCAGAAGCCAGUGGAACUGCUUGGGGAAGAAAGUAAGCUAUGUGAGAUACCCAUCACAGUGGAAUCAACAGGAUUAGCUACAGAAGGUACAGAGUACUUCCAAGUGCGAUAUCUGCUUUUCAGACGUUUUACACCUGACCAGUCGCCUUUUGGCUUUUGUGAAGAGACAAAGUUACACUCUCUUCAGCUGCUUCCUGUAUACCAGACAGAAAGUUCAGCCCAUGGAGAAAUUAAGAACCAGAGAGAACUACUGAGUCUGUUUUGCUUUUUCUCUUUACCUCAUGUUGGAUAUCUCUACUCUGUUGGGAAGUUAGUAGAACUGAUCUCUACUUACCUAUAUUCAGAGAAGUCAGAGCAGGCAGUUCUCACUCCGCAAUUCCUGCAUGUCAUUACAAGUGAGAACCUACAGUGUUUCACAGUGCGGUGCAGUGCGGCAGCAGCUCGCGAUGAGGAUCCAUACAUUGAUACAACUGUGAAGGCUUGUCCACCUGUGUCACUGGAUGUCUGCACGUUAAGAAUGCAGCUUUUUAUAGGACCAAGAGCUAUCUGUCAUUUCAAAAACCACAUAAUUCUUCUGACUAAGGCUGACACAGAUGAUAUUACUGAAAGAAGAAAACUCACAAGAAAGAUGCUCUCCAAAAAGGCUGACAGCAUCAAAGCCAGAAAAACUCCUGAUUCAGAAUCUGGCUGGAAUUUAUAUAUUAUAAACACUGUUUCAACUGUACAGCUUUAUAGAGAAAUGGUGGAUUACAGUAGAACAUAUGAAAAUGUAAAAACUGAGAGUUGCAUCCAUCUUCUAAGUGAAGCUCACUUAUUAGUCAGAGCAGCUAUAAUGGACCCCAGUUUCCUUAAACCAGACGAAAAAGAAGAACUUCUAACAGCAUUUAGAGAAAGUUGUGCUUUCCUAGCAGACUGCUACAGCAGGUUUGACAUAAAGGAUUACCACCUUGCUUUGCCUUACUACAGAAUGUCUGGUUUAUCCAUGACAGAGGUUUUAGAGAGAGUAGUUUCAGAAGGUGAUAAACCACACAAAUAUGAGAGAGGAUUUAUAUUUUACUUAACUCACUCUCUUAAUGAAGACUUAAACGAAGAAUUAAGUCAGGAAUCAGCAACUAAAGUUCUACAAAUAUUCUGUCUUGCUGAACCUGCUGAGCUGCCACAUAUUCUCUGCAGUCCCUGCAUGAGGAAUGUGUGUCCUUUGACAGCCAUGAAGUAUCUUCAGAAGGUAGAAAAGAUCAUGCCAUCAGUGCUCCUGACACUUACUAAGGCUUCCAUGGCCCUGAAAAUGGGAGACCUCAUGAAGUAUAAACAUGAGAUGGACUCCUGUAAGGAGACAAUACUGGCAUGUGGUUUCAUUGAGCAGCCAAAACUCUUGAGACAGCAUAAGGAAGGAAUUGUUACUCCAACUGAAUUUGCUGUUCAUCUAAAGGAGACACAACCUGGGUUACUGGUGGCUGCCACUGUGGCUUUAUAUGAGAACAGUAAAAUUGAACUGGAAGAAGCAGAUACCUUUUUCAAGACUUUAUGUAAGAACAAUGAAAACGCUAUUCCUCAGCUCUUAGUAGAUUUUUGGGAAGCUCUUCUUGUAGUAUGCUCUCAGGAAGAAGUACUUCAGGAACUCUUACUGAGAGUUACUUCUCAGUAUGUUUGGAGAAUAUCAGAGAGGCAAUUUCCUGAGACCAAACCAUUGAAAACAACAGAGGAUCUGAUAAAUUCCUGUAAUCAUUUUGGGUUGAUUUUCCCCUGGGUAACUUUCAUAAUGUCGAUCGGAUCUCCAUCUGAUAAAGAUUGUCCUGAAGAUACCUCAAAACUACAGUCUAUUUUGUGUAGUCAGUCAAUCGAUAUAACUUCAGUUCUGCCUUUCUUGGAGCCUCUGUCAGAGGAUGGCAAUGUGGGCCUCACCAUCCGUGUUCUCUGCAGUACACGUCUAGGCAAGUAUGAGGAGUCCCUUGACCUGCUUCUGAAAAAGUGUCCUGAUGCAGUAGUAUUAUAUGCUCAGCGUGAACUGAAAGAUGACAAUCGGGCUAUGUGGUGGAACAAACUGCUUCCUGAACUUUGCAAGAGAACCAGAGUUACUGGAAAUUACUGUCCUGUUCAUAUUUUAUCACUGAAAGAAACUUUAUCAGUUAUUGCAAUGGAACUGGAACUAAGGGAUUUCCUCAGUGUUCUACCAGAGGAUGGAACUGCAGCGUUCUUCCUGCCACAUCUUCUUCACUGCAGCCAGAGGAAAUCAUUGACCUAAAGCUAGUGAAAGUUGACUACACACUCAAAUACCAAGAAUGCACUGGAAUAAAAAAAGUAAAUGAAACAGUAGAAAUACAUAGCAAGUAUUGUAGGACCCACCCUACACAUUAGCCACCUUAUGUCUUAGUUGAAACCUUAUUAUGGCAUGACAACUACUAUCUUAGGCAGAGCAUCGCUUUUGAAGACGACAGAGGAAAAAAAAAAUACUAUUGCACAUUGACAGAAGUCAGCUAUCCAGAAGAAUUUCUGUAUGGUAAAACUAAUGGUGGUUGGCCAGGUAAAAGCACACCUAGUCAACUAUUAGAUGUAGGUCACUCAUCUCCUAAAUGAGGAUAAACUUAUGGCCAAAGUGGUUAAAAAAAUACUGAUGGUACAGUACAAUUACGCAUAUAGGAUACACUAAAAGUAAAUAGUGUACACUAAAAGUAAAGCAGGGGGUCAGUCUUAAUUCCGUGCUAGUUGGGUCAUGAUCGAGGGAGUAUUGUAUGAGUAAAAAGUGCUUGACUUUGAACUGAAGCUAGGCACCUUACUUCUUUUUGCAAUGAAGAAAUUCCCUUGAAUUCCAGCCAGCAAAACCAGUCAGCUGCUCUGUCAUCUUAGUUACAUGCCUCUGUAAGUAAGUGUGACACUGAAAAUGUUUUUCAUUUAGCAAAAUGUUCCUAAGUAGAAUGGAAGAUCUGGCUUGCUAUUGGGUACCUUCCCCCCCCCCCCCCCCUUCCCUCCUGCCAUGUGUGUACUGGAGUAGCUGAAGUAUUGCUAGAUCACAAAUCCAGCUGAAAAAUCUUAUUUCUUCCAGAUCGUUUGGUUGGGGUUUGUGCACGCAUUUGUGUGCAUGUGUGCGUGUACGUGUUUUUCUUCUGGGCAGAAAACACUGGUCUCUUCCACCGGAAUUUUGACAUAGUGAACUAUCACAAUGUUUAUGACCGUCUUAUGAACACAAUUGAAUGGAUUUUUAGAACCUACCACCAGUAAAACAAUGGUAGUAUGAUCCUUUAACCAUUUAAAGGCUUAAUUAGCUGGCACUGUUGCUAUCAAAUCUACUUUCAGUAAAGUUGCAGUGUUAAAGCUGUAGCAGUCAUUCAAAGGCUAUCUCAUCUGCAUUACACAUGAAACAUCAAAAAAAAAGUAAAGUUGUUUAAUGUUUCUCUGUGGUAUGUCUGUUACAGCCAAAUCAAUGACCUAAUUUAGUAGCAGGACUAACUUCAACAGUGUCUUUCUGCUUAAAUACAAUAAAAGCCAGCUGAGUUUAACUAGCUUCAUCAUGCCUUGUCCUGAUACAGAGAAGCAACAUACCUUGUUCUGGUAUCUUUUAAUAUGGAAACAUUUUCCUUUCCCUGCCCCUCUCAUACAUUCUUCUCUGUUGUUCAAUACAGGUGAGGGAUCAAGUGAGCAAAAGGGAGAACUGGGCUAAUUAAACACAACGGGACGAUACUUGCUCAUACCGCUUAGGUUUUUGACCGUAACUAGUCAUGCAGUAGCACCGCUGCUUCUGUCCAUCAAGAAGUGCUAAAUUUAUGUAGCUAUAUAGCACACACAUAACAGCAAAAUGAUUCCAGUGCCAUAGUUGUUUAAGAUGCAUCAGGGCAAAGCUUUUAGGUAGCAGCCACCAAAUGUUACCCUUUUAACCUCCCUGAAUUUCAUCAUCAGGCUUAAUUCAGUGCAACUUUGCCCCUCUUGUAAUUAUUUUUGUAACAGAAAAAAAAAACAUCUUGUACAACCAUGAAUAGUGUGCCACUUCAUCUCUCAGCUUCGCUAUCUUAAAAGAUACUACUUGAUAAAACUAUAACUCAACAGAAAGAUAGGAUUAUUUUGUUAGAAGUUUAUUAUGCAAUCUUAUGUUUAAAUUUGAACCUGUGGUGCAAGUGAUGAUAACUCAAUUCCUAUUUCCCAUUCUGUAACACCUAAUACCUGGCUAAUAAAAUGUGACACCAGAUCUGGGACAAAUAUCUGAAACUAAUUUUGCUGCCACACAGGUUUAUUUUAUUUACAAAAUUAAAAAGAGGAACAUACA